GUGAUGAUGAUAAUGGUGAGAGGAGAGGCCAAAGCCAAACGCCGAAACGCUUUUGAAGAUCCAACAAUGCCACGCACACCUUAUUAGUUACCUUUAUCACUUUCUUUUUCCCCUUUCUCAAGCUUUUCAUUUUUACCCCAAAAUUCCCCCUUAAUUACGCCACAAACCCACUCUCGCCAUUUCCUUUUCAUCUUCAUCAAAUUCCCGAUUCCCGACCUCCUACUUCCGCCGGAUCGGAGCUGAAUCCGGCGACGUUUCCCGCUUCAUCUUUUCGAUUUUCGUUCGGAUUUUCGACUUUUUUUUUUGGAUUCCGAGCACUGAAUUUGGACUUUGUGGCGAUUUGGGACCAGAAAGUGGGAAUUUUGGUUGGCUUUGCAUGUGGAAGCUUUAAGGGGGUCCUCUGCUCAGCUGUGGAGGAUCCCUGUAAAGAAAUUCGUGCUCUUCAAGUGUGGAUAGAGCUAGAGUUUCGAAUUUUGCGUUUUGAGAAUCGAUUUCGCGGUUUCGGAGAUAACAAUUUGGUGGGAGAUGUUUGGUGGUUCUGGUGCGGAAUCAGGACAUGAGAGCAGUGGCGGACAUGCUGGAUCGAUUUUGAUUCCGACGAGAUUUGUUUGGCCUUAUGGUGGAAGGAGGGUGUUCCUCAGUGGUUCCUUUACAAGAUGGUCAGAACAUAUUCCCAUGUCUCCAGUUGAGGGAUGCCCAACUGUGUUUCAGGUUGUUUGGAACCUGUCUCCGGGAUAUCAUCAGUAUAAAUUUUACGUCGAUGGAGAGUGGCGGCACGAUGAGCAACAGCAAUUUGUAAGUGGGAAUUAUGGCGUUGUGAACACUAUCUUUUUGUCUGGAGAGCCAGACAUGGUUCCUAACGUUUUCCCUCCUGAAGCACCUGAUAGAGCCAACAUGGAUGUGGAUAAUGAUGUCUAUAUGCCCAUGGAAGCAAUUCCACAGGCAUCGGAGUCUGAUAUAGAGAUCUCUCGGCAUCGUAUAUCUGCAUUUUUGUCCACACAUACGGCUUACGAGUUGCUUCCUGAGUCAGGCAAGGUCAUUGCCUUUGAUAUUAAUAUGCCAGUAAAGCAAGCAUUCCAUAUCCUAUAUGAGCAGGGCAUUCCUGUGGCUCCUCUCUGGAAUUCUUACAAGAGCCAGUGUGUUGGAGUUCUCACUGCUUUGGACUUUGUCCUCAUUCUAAGAGAGCUUGGGAAUCAUGGAUCAAAUUUGACGGAGGAAGAGCUCGAGACUCAUACUAUAGCAGCUUGGAAAGAGGUAAAAUUACAUCUUAACGGACAAAUGGAUGACAGUGGAAGACCUUAUCCUCGGCAUCUUAUCCAUUCUGGGCCAUGUGACUCUCUCAAAGAUGUUGCUUUGAAGAUAUUUCAAAACAAGGUGUCUACAAUUCCCAUUAUCCAUUCUUCUUCACGGGAUGGUUCAUAUUUUCAGUCUCAGCUACUACAUCUUGCUUCCUUGUCCGGAAUACUAAAAUGUAUAUGUAGGCAUUUUCGACAUUCUUCUAGCUCCUUGCCCAUUCUUCAACAACCAAUUUGUGCAAUUCCUUUGGGUACGUGGGUUCCAAAAAUUGGGGAGUCUAGUCGACGCCCACUUGCCAUGUUGAGACCCAAUACCUCUUUGAGUGCUGCCCUAUCUUUGUUGGUUCAAGCUGAAGUUAGUUCGGUGCCCAUAGUGGAUGAUAAUGAUUCAUUGCUUGAUAUUUAUUCGCGAAGUGAUAUCACUGAUUUGGCAAAAGAUAAGGCUUAUGCACGGAUUAGCCUAGACGAAAUGAGUAUCCAUGAGGCAUUGCAACUGGGACAAGAUGCGAAUUCUCCAUAUGGAGUUUUCAAUGGACAGAGAUGUCAGAUGUGCUUGCCAUCUGAUCCUCUGCAUAAAGUGAUGGAACGGUUAUCAAAUCCCAGGGUUAGGAGGCUUGUGAUUGUAGAGGCUGGGAGCAAGCGUGUAGAAGGGAUUGUUUCAUUGAGUGAUGUGUUCAGGUUCUUGCUAGGUUUAGCUUAAUUAUGGAGGCCACAAUUGCCAAAAGAAAGGUAUUUGGUGGUAGGCAUUGGAGGAAACCCGUUUCAUUGGUGAGUAUUCUUUCUCACUAUUCUCUUCCUCUAGCAUUCUGAAUGGACCUCAUUUGAUGAUCCAAUGUCUUCAUUGGAUGGUGUACCUUUGUAGAAUAGAUAUUACUAAAGAGGAAAUAUAUAUAUAUAUAUAUAUAUAUUUGUACAUUGUGAGGACAAAUUUUUUUCCUGUUUCUUAACCAAAAUUAAUAUCAAUCCCACCAUGGUGCUGCGCGGCUGCCAUUUUGAUAUAAUAUCAUGUGCUAACAUAGUGAGAGAAAAGAAGGGAAUGUGGCACCACAUGCUGUUGGUGGUCCGUACGUAAAAAAGUGGAUUGUAAGUUAAGAGAUUUUCAGUUACUGAUAUUGCUUUCGUUUUCCAUUUUCGUUGUAGCAUCUUUUUAUUGUGUACCUUGUAUCACCAAGAAAAAUCACAAUUUAGU